AUUUUUGUUGUUGUUGCCAAGCGAAACAAUGGCCGCCGACAACCAAAAGAAAAAUGCCAUCAGGUCAGAAAAUAUUUAGCAAAGUCAUGUAAUAUUUGGAUUAAGUGUGCACUUGUCUUCCUGGGUCACGUGGCCGCUGCUGUAUCCUAGCAACGCGUCAGCAAACAAGCGCAUCUCAUUGUUGGCCGCACUAUUUAUCUUUGCUCUUAUAACUAUUGUUGUUUUGUAAUUGUUUGUAGUUGUCGUUGUAAGAAAAUGAGCUCGGAGGUGUUAGUGUCGAAGCCGCAAUAUGACAGUCGAGCGGCGACUCCGGGGCUCCUGGAGGACGAAGGGGCCCCGUUAGAGCUGGAGGCCGCGCCGCCGCUGGUUAUCCCGGGCUUCCGCUCCGCUAAAUACACCCCUGCCGACUGGUUCUCCAGCUACCGCAGCCUCCUCCAGCAGGCCGGCGCCGACCAGAACUCGGCCCGCAGCAUCCAGGAAGAGUCCCGCGUCCUCUGCCAGAAGACGGAGAACACGACCGUGAAGACGCAGACCAGCGGGAGCCGCCUGCUGGGGGAGAGGCUCCAGGACAUCCACCGCUGGAAGUCCGAGCUGCAGGAGCACAUCGGCCGCCUGGUGGCCGACAUCGAGGCCCUGCAGGCGCUGAAGCUGCGGCUGGAGAAGGCGCUGGACGCCACCGAGACGCCGUAUGCCAUCGCGGCCGAUAACCUCACCUGCAGGAGCCGCAGACUCGGGCCUGACCUGGUCCGGGACUGUGUGGAGGAGGAACUCAUCAAGGAAGUGGAAUUGAUCAAGAGUAUCCAGGCUCUCCUGAGGAGAACCAUAGACCAGGUUUCCACUCAGAUCAAUUUGGACAGAGAGACCAAGAAGACGCUGGAGUUUGAUUGGUCAGAUAAAUACGAGGCCUACGCCCUAGACACCCAGUGUGGACGGUUCUCCAACAAAAGCACGGACACGCAGCAUCACGUGGUCUCCGCCUCCAUGCUGCAUCAGGUGUGUAACGUCCCCUCCUGGAUCAAGUUCACACACACCAACAUCAACAAGGCCCGCAGGGAGGAAAAAUCCUCACACGACCUCAAAGAGCUCUCGGAGCAGGUGCUCCUGGACACCACUAAGGACCUGAGGGUCCAGUGCUUCAAUGUGGACCAAGCCUUCCUGCAACGCUGUGCGGAGCAGAUGGAGGCCAAGAUACAGCUGGAAAUGCACCUGAAGCAGACUUUGGAGCAGAUUGGAGCCCAGGAGAGGAACAUCGAGGCUCUGCAGAAGGCCAUCCAGGACAAAGACGCCCCUCAGAGAGUGACUGAGUCCAGGCUGUACCGUCGCUCUCUCAGACCCAACAUGGAGCUCUGCAGGGAUGAACCCCAGAUGAGCUUGGAAAAGGAGGCCAGGCAGAUCAGCGCCACUCUGGCGUCGCUGCAGCAGGAGCUGAGCGACGCCCGCAGGUCGCUGUCCCACCUGGAGGAGACCCGCAUGGCGCUGGAGAAGGACAUCAUGUGCAAAGCCAACACGCUGUUCAUCGAAAGAGAAAAAUGCAUGACUCAGCGUAAACUGUACCCGACCAUCUCCACCCUGUCCGGGUACUGAAGAACUUUUCAUGGUUAGGUUUGAAAGAAAAGUAUGUGGUGUAGUUGCAGUGUUAAUUUACCCAUGAGCACAUACUGUACACAAAGUCUCAUUUACAUGCAUGUUGGUGAGGAUCUGGAUAAAGGGACUAAGCACUCAGCAAUUUAGUUUGAGACACUACAGCAUCAAACCAGGAAGUAACUUCACACUAAACAAUAGUCACUACGGCCUGUACUUUUGUAUAAUACUGCACUUUACACUUUAACCUGCACCGUCCUUACCUUUGACUACAAGGUUCAGUUAUCAUUUUUUAUCAGUGUAUUUUGUGCACCCAAAAUUUGGUGUAUUUUGGCCACCUUGCAUAAUGAAUGUCCUCUUGGAAUAUGCAAGGCAAAUUCAAGGAUUCUACUCAGCGGCCUAGUGGUUAGAGUGUCCGCCCUGAGAUCGGUAGGUCGUGAGUUCAAUCCCCGGCCGAGUCAUACCAAAGACUAUAAAAAAGGGACCCAUUACCUCCCUGCUUGGCACUCGGCAUCAAGGGUUGGAAGUGGGGGUUAAAUCACCAAAUAUGAUUCCCAGGCGCAACCCCCGCUGCUGCUCACUGCUCCCCUCACCUCCCAGGGGGUGAGCAAGGGUGAUGGGUCAAAUGCAGAGGACAAAUUUCGCCACACCUAGUGUGUGUGUGUGUGACAAUUAUUGGUACUUUACUUUUUAACUUUAAAAAUGUUUUGUGUGUGAACUCUGUGAUCUGGAUCAUUUAUUUGUAUUUUAGGAAGAUAAUUGUAUAACUUAACACAAUAUUAGCAGCAAGUUCAUGUGAUAUGUAUUUGAACUACUCACUGCAUCAGUUAAGAUUAAUCAAUACUUCUCUUUAGUACGUUUGCUAUGAAAUAAAUAACUUCCAAGUGUG